AUGAUUGAUGAAGUUGAGGAGAAAGUUAACUCCACUGUGAACUGUACUUAUGGUGAUGUGAGAUUGAUGGGUGGCUCAACAGACUAUGAAGGUAGAGUAGAAGUCUGUAUCAAUGGAGUGUGGGGCACAGUAUGUGAUGAUAGUUGGGGAAGUAGCGAUGCUACUGUUGUCUGCAAACAACUAGGAUAUGCUUACACUGGAUACUAUGAAGGUAGAGUAGAAGUCUGUAUCAAUGGAGUGUGGGGGACAGUAUGUGAUGAUAGUUGGGGAAGUAGCGAUGCUACUGUUGUCUGCAAACAACUAGGAUAUGCUUACACUGGAUCUCCAUGUGCUAAUGGGGAUCUUCGUCUUGCUGGUGGUAAUGUUGAACAUGAAGGGAGAGUAGAGAUAUGUCUUGGAAAUGUUUGGGGCACAAUUUGUCAUGAUUACUGGGACAAUACAGAUGCUCAGGUAGUUUGUAGUAAACUUGGAUAUUUAAAAACAGUUAACUCCACUGUGAACUGUAUUUAUGGUGAUGUGAGAUUGGUGAGUGGCUCAACAGACUAUGAAGGUAGAGUAGAAGUCUGUAUCAAUGGAGUGUGGGGGACAGUAUGUGAUGAUAGUUGGGGAAGUAGCGAUGCUACUGUUGUCUGCAAACAACUAGGAUAUGCUUACACUGGAUAUGCAGUUGCAUUCCGUUAUGCCAAGUUUGGUUACGGAAGAGGUAGUAUUUACCUUGAUGAUGUACAAUGUAGUGGAUCUGAGACAAGUUUACUAAGUUGCUCUUAUGAUUCACACACUGAUGACUGUAGUCAUAGUCACGAUGCUGGAGUAAGAUGUCAAGUUAACUCCACUGUGAACUGUACUUAUGGUGAUGUGAGAUUGGUGGGUGGCUCAACAGACUAUGAAGGUAGAGUAGAAGUCUGUAUCAAUGGAGUGUGGGGGACAGUAUGUGAUGAUAGUUGGGGAAGUAGCGAUGCUACUGUUGUCUGCAAACAACUAGGAUAUGCUUACACUGGAUCUCCAUGUGCUAAUGGAGAUCUUCGUCUUGCUGGUGGUAAUGUUGAACAUGAAGGGAGAGUAGAGAUAUGUCUUGGAAAUGUUUGGGGCACAAUUUGUCAUGAUUACUGGGACAAUACAGAUGCUCAGUUAACUCCACUGUGA